CCAAUUUGGCAUCUGUCUACCGAAAAAUACUGAAAUACAGAAAGCUGUUUAUAUGAAUUUAUUGAGGCAUGAGCCUAUAUAGUUAGGUUUUGGUAUGAGAAGCGUCUCGUCCCAUUCGCCAUUGUCAGCGGUAGGCACACGCCAGAGUGUUCCCCUCAAGGGUCUGCUUCGGAUGAUUCACAGCCUUAACCAAGCACAAAAUUCACCAGCAAAUCCACUUAAACACGCCAAUGCAAUCUUUGUUGUUCUUACCGAACCACAUCUCUACGUGGAGCUUGCGAGGUUAUCGCUCCCCCUCAUUUCUAUGUGGUCAGUUACCACGUGACCAUAUAUGCAGGAUCCGGGUAACGCCUGAGGCUUUGUAUACAUCUUGAUACGUUACCAUAACCGAGCACAGCUGAUUACGCUCCACAAGUCCAUUCACAAACGGUUCAAUUAGCCAAGCAGGUUGCGAUUAUCACCUCCCUUAAACACACGCACUUUGUACCAUGGCAUCAUCUAUCCACUUUUUGGACGUGAAGGGUAAGCCGUUGCUAUCGCGCGACUAUAAGGGUGACAUUCCCUCGACGAUGCUCGACCGGUUCCCGCUCUUGCUCCUUGAGAACGAGGAGGCCAACAUGAUGCAGCCAUUCAUCCAUCACCAGGGGGUGAACUUUGUAUACAUCUCGCACAAGAACUUGUACCUCUUGGCGAUGACAAAGAAGAACGACAAUGUGAUGCAGAUCGUGAUCUUUCUCCAAAAGGUGAUCGAGGUGUUGACGGAGUACGUGAAGCAGUUGGAGGAGGAGUCGAUACGCGACAACUUCGUGGUCAUAUACGAGUUGUUGGACGAGAUGAUGGACUUUGGCUGUCCCCAGGUCACCGACUCCAAGAUUUUGAAGGAGUACAUCACCCUGGACUACUAUAGCCUCGAGAAGCACAAGAUGUUGGCGCCGCCAGCAGCCGUCACGAACUCGGUUUCCUGGAGACAGGAGGGCAUUUUCUACAAAAAGAACGAAGCCUUCUUGGACGUGAUUGAGUCGAUCAACAUGUUGGUCAACUCCACGGGCCAGGUUUUGCACUCUGAGAUCUUGGGACGCGUCAAGAUUAAGUCGAACUUGUCUGGGAUGCCGGAUUUGCGCUUGGGGCUCAAUGAUAAGGGUAUCUUUAACGAGGCGGGCUCCUCCAACGCAAAGGGAAUCGAGCUUGAGGACAUUAAGUUCCACCAGUGUGUGCGGUUGUCCAAGUUUGAGACCGACCGCAUCAUCACGUUUAUUCCACCAGAUGGCGAGUUUGACCUCAUGUCCUACCGUUUAACCAUGCCAUUGAAGCCGCUCAUCCACGUCGAGUGCAAGUUCAAGAUCCACUCAAAUUCGCGGAUCGAGAUUUUGGCUCGCGUGCGCGCCCAGAUCAAGCGCAAAUCGACAGCCAACAACGUCGAGAUUAUGAUUCCUAUUCCUGAAGAUGCAGACACCCCGAAGUUCAAGAGCGACGGCGGCAAGAUCAAGUGGAAGCCGGAAGAAUCCGUGUUGGUGUGGAAGUUUAAGUCGUUCCAGGGGGGGAAGGAGUACGUGAUGAAGACCGAGUUGGGCUUGCCGAGUGUGAACGACGAGGAUGUUUCGGCCGGUGAGAUCUUUAAGAAGAAGCCGAUCAAGGUGAAUUUCCUGAUUCCGUACUUUACCACCAGUGGCAUCCAGGUGAAGUAUUUGCGGAUCAACGAGCCAAAGCUACAGUACCAGAGCUAUCCAUGGGUGAGAUACAUCACGGAGAAUGGGCCGGAUUAUACGAUUAGGAUGAAAUAGCGCGAGCGAAGGCAUUGACGAAG